GGGUAGACCGAGGUUCCGCUUUACGCUAACGUUACCUCUCGUAAUGCAGCUGGAUAACACUGACCGCUUUUGUGGAUUAGCUGUAAGGUAAGUGUGUCGGUAUUUUAGGCACUACAAAUACCGCAAACCAAAAAAUAUAGUUAGCUAGCAACGCAUGAGAACUUGAUAAGUGUCCUCCUGAACUAGUGUUUGCUUCACUUUGAGAACAUGCUAGCUAUAACAACACGACCGCGGACCCGGAAAAACUGGUGGGACGUGACACGUCAAGUGGGCGUGGCAUUGAAGUAACCAAUGGGAAGGAUGUUUAUGGUGCGUCGCCAAAAGGUGUCUUUCCGAUUCAGAUUUUGGCGUGGAUGAGCAUCUGAUUUAUUCUCUACGAUAGAUGAGGAGGAAGCUGAGCCCUGCUCUGGUUGCCUGAGAACACAUCUGCUGUAGCACUUACCUAUUUUGUGUGACCUUUGAGUGAACUAAGGGAGUGUGUCACCUGAGGCAGGACAGUGGGAUUCUUCUCAACAGCAGUCCUUCAUCCAGCGAUCUACAGCCUGACUGCUCUCUCCACCUCUCUCUGUAUCCCCCCCCCUUUCAUCCCUCCCUCUUUCACACUUCUCUAUGCUUCUGCCCAAUUAUGUCCUUCUCCAUUUCAGAGUCCCUCUGUAAGACUACUGUCUCUCCAUCCCUGUCUCCAUCCCUCCUUGAUCUCUCUCUCUCGCCAUCUGCCUGUGCACCUCUCCUGACCGCCAGGCUGGAUUUCCUGCAAAUGAAACACCUGAAGAGGAAGAGGAAGAGUAACUACAGCGUUCGUGAGACGCAGACGCUGAUCCGGGAGAUCCACAAGCGACGAGACGUGCUGUUCUCCCGCCAGCAGAACACCGCCAUCAACGAGUUGAAGAGACGAGCCUGGGAGGAGGUAGCAGGAGGCGUCAACGCACUGGGAGAGGGUGAACUACGCACAGCUUCAGAGGUGAAGCGGCGUUACCUGGACUGGCGGUCGCUAAUGAAGAGGAAGCAGCUCCGUGCUGAGCUGUCUCUCUCCACAGGGCUGAAGGCAGAGUAUGAUCCAUCCUCCCCUGAACACGACGCCUCACUGGGUUCAGGGGACCAGUCGCUCGACCUCUCUGGCUUUCCCAAGGAGUCCCAGUGCGACUGGCAGGACCUGGCGGAUCUCGGAGAGCCCAGCGGACACUCGAUGUCUACGGGGGUUAAGCUGGAGGAAGAGGCCAAUGGAUACAGGCUGGAGGGUGAUAGUGGUGAGGGUGAGGUAGAGGAUGAUGAUUGUUUCCCCUCCCUCCUACCCGACAUGGGAGAGCGAGAUGGACGUAUCCCUGAAGUAUUUUCACACAUUGAUGAGUUCGGAAUGCUCAGCGCAUCAAAGGGGGCGGCGGCCUCAAUGAAUCGGGACCUCUCAUCGACCGGCCUGGGUGGACUGGGCUUUGCUGGCUUAGGACUAGCCAAUCACGAGAGUGCGGGACUUCUGGUUGCCUUGGAGAAGCAGCGUGUGGAGCUGGAGAAGCAGCGUCUGGCUGUGGAAACGGAGCGGCUAGCGGUGGAGAGAGAGCGACUCCUACUGGAGAAGGAGAGACUGAGUCAGUCGGAUGUGGAGAAAGAGAGAUUGCAACUGGAGAAAGAGAGAUUGCAGCUGGAGAAAGAGCGACUUCGGGUGUUGCUCAUGAACCAAUCAGAACGGGCCACAGCUCCCCCCCAGCAAAGCCCUCCCUCUUCCUCCACCCCUACCACCACCUCUUCCUCUGCUGUGGAUGGACAGAAUGAGAGAAAGGAGAAUAAACCCUGGCUUUCUAUGAUAGAUCUGGAGGGUGAGAGACUGAGGCUGGAGAAGGAGCGACUGCAGUUAGAGAAAGAGAGGCUGCAGUUCUUUAAGUUUGAGUCUGGACGACUGCAGAUCGAGCGGGAGAGACUAGAGGUGGAGAAGGAGAGAAUACAGCUUCACCAGGAUCAGGGUCGCUGAGGGAGCAGGAGGAAGGAGAGAGGAAGGAUAGCAUCAAAUUGUAUUUGUCACAUGCUUGGUAAAUGACAGGUGUAGACAAACAGUGAAAUGCUUAGGGGCCCUUCCCACCAACACAACGCGAAAGAAAAAAGAAAAGUAAAACACGUAAUAAAUACACGAUGAGUAACGACAACUUGGCUAUAUACAAGUGGUACAGGUACCGAGUCGAUAUGCAGGGGUACGAGGUAAUUGAGAGAGAGAUGUACAUAGUAAACCUUAGAAGCAGCGUAUGUUGUGAGCAUUAAAGGAUAUCUAUGAGAGAAGUGCCUGGAAGAAGAGCAAACGAGGGGGGGGGGGGGGGGGGUUGUUAUCUCAGUGUAGGCAGGCCAGCUACGAGCCUAUAUGAGCAGUCACCUCCAUGGUCCAGUGAGACUCUCUCCUCCCUCUCCUGUCUGUUUCUGGCAGGUCCAAUUGCUUGUUACAGUUCAGUCUGAUCCACAAUGGUUGAAAUCAAAUCAAAUUUAUUUAUAUAGCCCUUCGUACAUCAGCUGAUAUCUCAAAGUGCUGUACAGAAACCCAGCCUAAAACCCCAAACAGCAAGCAAUGAGGUACACAGCUCAACCAAACUGACCUUAGAUCAGCAGGGUGUCAUCAUCCAACUCCAGGUUGAUGACGGAGGAUAUUUAUCCAGUUUUAUUACCUGUAGAGGCAGGACCAAGACUGAAACUGCCACUCAAACUCAGUAGCCUCAUCCAAUCACAUUAAAAAAAUCUCCCUGCCAAUCAUUCUGUUAUGUCUGUGGACUUGCAUUAACAGGGAUUCUUUCAAUUCAGAAGAGCGGUUCAUUUUAACAAAGAUAAUCUGUCUGUACAAUGUGUUUUGUAUAAAGUGAGUGGUUGUGUACUGGGAGAAAUGGUUUUGUCCCUGGUAAAGUUGUGUGUAGCUCAGUAGUACCAUCCAUGUACUGCAUAGGAAGUGGACAUAAUGUAGAAUAGCUGUAAACUCAAAGCACAAAAUGCUCUGUGUGUGACUGUUUCCCAACCAGUGUCAUAUCAGGCCUUACAGAUGUCUUUAUUUUUACAAACCUACGUCUUUUCUAAUUGUUUUAUUUUGAUAGUGGGUGUGGUUUGGUACUAUGAUGAAAUGUUUUGUGUGGCGUUCUAUGGUAGCCCUGUAGUUGAAUAUAUCUGCUGGUUCACCCGUCGUCCAAGGAAAGAGUUGAGUAACUAUUUAAAAAGGAGAGAAAAAAAGAGAUGGGAUAUGUUUUCUGCAUUGCCUUGACUCACAAUAAAGGAUAUACAUAAAUAGGGUAUUUUUACUUUAUUCUGCC